AGCUGUUUGAAUACGCCGAGUCGGACACCUUGGUGUUGUGUGUGGACUCCGUGGACUCGCCACCCUCCAUGUUGUUUAGAUUCUCCAGUUCGCCGAGCUGGUUGGAAGCAAUGUAGGUGUGGCGGGGCUCCUGAAAAUCGAUACCGAUACGGAAUCGGAAUGAGUUACACGAACAUCCUGCGCCAGCAAAACGUGGUGGACGACUGUCAGCGAGUAAGUUGCAACCGCGGACCGGUGUCCAAUCUCUACGGGCGCUGUGUGAUCAGCCGGGAUAUUGUAAUCGGGUGCAGAAUGGAACAAUGCGAUCCAGACUUGCCGUACAUGCUGGAGCCCACGUGGAGUGUUUACCUUCGGUCUGAUCGUGAUGGCGGUGAUCUGUCCCGCUUCGUGCGAAGAGUCACUUUUAAGAUGUCGCCGCGACUGCCGAUGAGAUUACACGUGGCGGACAGUGCUCCGUUCGAGAUCAGCGAGGUGCUCGGCAGCGACUUCCCUGUGGAGGUGCAGGUGCAGUAUGUGGACGCCCGGAUGUCAGCCACCUCAUACGUAUUCCGACCGAGAGUGGUUCGUGAGGGUCAUGGCGGAAUCUGCGAGGAGGUGCCCGACAAAAUGAUAUUCGUGAAUCCCACGCCUGCGAUGAGGCUAAGCCUCUUACCCGUUUAUGUGCCAUGUGUAAGUGGUCCGCCCAAGGCUAAAGAAACCUCCGAGACCCAGUUGGAGCGGCGCGAUUCGGAUAGGAAGGGUGAGCAGAAGGAACGGGAUCAGGAGCAGGUGGGAGAUGUGGCACGACAAACGCAACCGCAGUCCGCUCUGCUCAAGAAACGCCUAAGUGUGGGUGGAAACUACACCAACAGCCACCAGUAA